AUGGAUUGUAUCAAAUCACGGAUUAGUGGAAUUGUGCAUAUUUUCAGAUUGAUUUAAUUUAAAUGAAAAAAGAUAAUAAUCAGUAAAAACUUAAUAGUGAUUCCAAUAACAAGGAACAUGAUUCAUUUCAAGGAUACUAAAAACAAAUCAGCCCUUAGUACAAGAUGGGCACAAAUGUCGAAACAAGAACAAAUCAUCGAGAAAAAGAAGAUUGAAAUACAAGCAAAGUUAGAGGCUCAGAAACAGGCGGCAGCUCUCGCGGCUCAAGCAAAGCUAUCUAACCCCACUGCUAAAGAAGAAACAGGUUCACCAAAUAUAUUCUCUAAUGAUGGUAGUUUUAUGAGUCAAUAUAAAACUCUUAUUGAUAAGCAAAAUAGAGAAAGGCAAGAAAAAGAGGCCAAAGAAAGGCAAGAAUGUGAUGAAAUAAAAAGAAUAAAAAAUGAGUGUAAACCCAAACCAGUUAUAGCCGCAAAGAAAGAGAUUCAUGAAGUGAUUGAACCUUACAACCAGGCCCUAGAGAGUAAGCCUGACAGGGGUUCUAGAGACAGGCAUAAUAGACGGUGGAAUGAUAGGGGCAGAAACAGACCUCACAGUCCUAUGACUCCAAUUGUAGAAGACAGGAAAAAGUCAAACGAUAAUACAAAUAUACCAUCAUUGAUGCAGCUCAGUGUUAGACACCCAGAUGAUGGCUCUCCCCCUCCUGGUGCACAUAAUCAAUGGAAUAGCCAUGAUGGCACCUCAUCCAAUGAUGACUAUGACUAUGAUAGACAACAGGAUGACUCUUAUGAUGGCCAAGGAUCCGAUACAGCACCAAAUGGUGGGCAGGGAAUUGCUGAUCCUAUCAGAGUAAUGGGUCCAGGACCGAUGGGACAGGGACCUGGGAACAUGGGAGGUGGACCAAUGGGACAUGGACCAAUGGGUCAUGGGCCCAUGGGGCCUGGAUCAAUGCCGCCAGGGCCUAUGGGACCUGGAUUAAUGGGACAUGGGCCGAUGGGGCCCUUACCAAUGGGUUUUGGCCCAAUGGGUCCUGGUCCAAUGGGACCAGGUCCAAUGGGUCCAGGGCCGAUGGGACCAGGGCCGAUGGGUCCUGGUCCUGCCCCACCAGGUUCUAUGGGACCACCAGGGACUGGUCCAGGACCGAAUAUAGGGCCUGGUCCUAUGAUGGGGCCUGGUCCCAACAUGCCCCCUGGACCACCAUUUAUAGGUGGACCUCCAAACUUCCCAAUGCCUCCCAAUUUCAUGGGGCCUAAUGGACCUGGUGGUCCAUGUGGCCCUGGUCCAAUGCAUCCCAGCAUGUGUGGUCCAGAUGUCCGUGGGCCUGGACCAAAUGGGCCUAUGCCCCCAUUUUUCCCUUCAUUUCCUAACUCAGGCCCACCAAAUUCAAUGUGUUUGCCAAAUGCUAUGAAUCCAUCAAUUGGGCCCAAUGGAUCAAACUUUGGCCCACGGGCUCCCUUCGGGCCUGGUGGUCCCAAUUUCGGACCAAACGGCCCACCUAAUAUGUGCAGACCUAACAUGCCCUUUAUGCCACCUGGCCAAAUGGGUCCAAAUUCUUUACCACCCAAUACAUUAGAUGCAAAACCAUUAGAUAACAUCCCUCCACCUGAGCCAAUGAAACUACAAAACAUACCACCGCCAAUGCCAAUGCCACUCAACCAUAUCCCAAAACCAAAGGAUAUGGAACCAGGGAAUAUACCGGCUCCACCCAGACAAGCCGGUCGACACAAUGCUGACCCGUGGUGUGCAGUUCUCUCUGCAGAUACGUGCCCGCCGCCAGUGCAUCGCGCCGCCGCAGAGGUCGCGGCCAACGGCGACCACUGGGAAAAUGUGCUGAAAGCUAUACACUCACAAGACCAAAAUUUGUGGUUUCUUCAUAAUACUAACUCGCACGAGUACAGGGCGUAUAGGAAUCUUGUAGCUAAAAUACGGAACGAUGGUUCCUUUGAUAGGAAACCUGAGGUGAAACCAGAAGAUAAAUAUGAGCCUGAGUUCUCUCUGGAGGAUGACGAUAGCAAUGAUUACACAACUAUGAAGGAGGAGGAAAGUAAUAACAGCAUGCAAGAAUCGUUUUACAACCAGUAUCACAAUAGUAUUAUGAAGCGUGAACAGGCCAGCUCCCAAAGCGACGAUGAAUUUGACAAUAGAAGAGAGAGAAAAAAGAGAAAGAAGUCGCGUUGGGGAGAUGAUCCACCUGUUGACAUCAAACCGCCUGGAAUUGUUGCACCUUUGCCUAAUAAUAUGCCAGGUACAAUACCACCAGAAGGAGGCCUGAAGCUCACCAACAUCAAUCGUAACAACCAUGCGCUCAUGCAGUAUGCUAUGACAAACUAUGGUACUACAAAUUUAAAUCCCGAGGACUGGAAAAAAUGCGAAGAUAACUUCAAACUCAACCUACUGUACCAGGAUAUGUUGAAAAAGAGACAAGAAGUGGAACGAUUGGCCUACGCCGGGAAACACAAGUAUGAGUAUGACAGCGACGAAGACACAGCCGAAGGGACUUGGGAACAUAAAUUGCGUGCCAAAGAGAUGAACGCCACAGAAAUAUGGGCGACCGAGUUGACGAAGCAAGCCGCAGGUAAACAUCAUAUCGGUGACUUUCUUCCGCCCGAGGAACUGAAAAAAUUUAUGGAAAAAUAUUCAGCGUUCAAAAGCGGAAAAGAACCGGAUUUAAGCGACUACAAGGAAUAUAAGCUUAAAGAGGAUAACGUUGGUUUCAAGAUGCUACAGAAACUCGGGUGGAACGAAGGGCAGGGUCUAGGAGCGGAGGGUACCGGCAUUGUUGACCCUAUAAACAAGGCGAAUCAGCCCGUAGCGAACUUGGGUUUGGGCGCGUCAACGUCAGACCAUGUCUCUGCUGAUGAUGACGAGUUCGAUGCGUACCGCAAACGUAUGAUGCUCGCGUACCGCUUCAGACCCAACCCAUUAAACAACCCCCGUCGGCCGUAUUAUUAAGAUAAAUACUAAAUUUCCAGAAAUUUGAAAUAAUCAAAAAUAAAUUACCCUUCCAUGGAUUUUUUCCCUUCGAUCAAUUUAAUAAAUAAUAAUUAUAAUUAUUAAAGACUAUUGC